UGGGGACCAAAUGUGCAUUAUUUGUGUACAUAAUCACAAGUGAGUUGGUAAAUACUCUUUUUCGUUUUACAUAAUUUCCUUUUCUAUCUAUUCUUUUGGGGCUUGCUAACCUCCGUCUGGGAAAUGUAGGAGUCAAAAUACUUUCUUUAGAAGAGUUCUAAAAUCAUGCAGUCGUAUUUUCAUUUAAUUACACACUUUUGCCACCGUUGUGCCUUACUUAAGUUUUACUUAUUCAUUUUCAGCAAAAAACAGACAAAUUUCCAUAAUUUAAUUUUCAUGACCAUUACUUGAUUAUUUGAUAUGUUUUUGAUUCAUUUUAUUUUUUAUGACAUUUUAAUUUAAAAUAUAUUGUUGAUGCACAAUAUAUUGUGCAUAUUCUCUUUAACAGGGUUGCAUUUUUCAAAGACAGUCCAUGGUCAAACAUGAACCUUUAUUUUCCACAAACUUUCUUUUACACUUGUCUUUAUUUUUGUCACAAGAUAAAGAUAAACAUGAGACUUAUUUAAAGAGCACUUAUGCAGCAAUAAUUAACAGUGAUAUUAAAAAGUACAUUAAUUUGUCAGAUAUUUGUAGGGGUUAUGAUGAUCAUGAUAUACUGUAUUUAUCUGAUUUUUAUUUUAUAUGGGCUUGAAAGUGGGUUUGAUUUAUCUUCGACUGUGAUCCUAUUUUAUACUGUUUGUUUUGUAAAUAUAAACAGGCACUAUCAAUCAAUAAACUGACAAAUCAUUCUAUUAAACGUUGAUUGUCCUUUUUUUUCCCUUAACUGUCAGUUAUUUGAUCACAUUUAUAUGCCUACUUUUUGACCGGUUGCCGUGUAGCCUGGACCAAUAUGGAAAGUUAUUCUGUCAAGUUCAGACUGGUCCCAAAAAGUGAUAAAUGCAAUAUAUUUAAAAAUUGUGGUUUAACAUAAUCUGAACUACUAUACUUUGGCUUAUGUCCAUUAUAUGCCGUCAUUCCAUACAAUUUAUACCAAAUGCAUGCAGUCAAAUGUCUUGUAAACAUUAUUAAUCAUUUGGCGUGAAUCUAUCGUAUUUAGACUUUGACUUAUUGUCCAUUUAGCCAUUGCUUUACUUAUAAUCUUUUCUUAUUUAACCUUUUAGGCCUUUUAUUGAUUUCAUUUUAUUUUGUUUUAUUUUACUUUAUUUUAUUUUUCUGCUCAUUUAUGUUAUUCCAUUUUAUUAUUAAUCCUCUUUUUAUAUUAUAUAUUCAUAUUACAUAUCCUGUUUCCUGCUUUCUACCCCCCCCCCCUUUUUUUUUUUUUUUUAAUUACAUUUCUUCUUCUUACCUAUUUUAAAAUUUUAUUUUAGUCCUCAUGGUUUCAUUUUAUGUUGCAGGGUUCUUGUAUUGUCUGGGUUUUUUAUGACAAAUGAAAAUGGCCUUCAGUUCAGAGGCCUUGUUUUUAACUGAGCUUUUGUUUUUUAUUUGUUUUUCUCCCCAUGUUCUGAUGCUUUACGACUGUUUGUCGGAGCACUUUGUAAACCUCUGUUUUUAAAAGUGCCAUAAAAAUAAAGUUAUAAUAAUAAUAAUGAUAAUAAUAAUAAUAAUAAUAAUAAUAAUAAUAAUAAUGACGUAAAUAUACUGUAUGUUUUAUAAGCUCUUGCUCAAACGUUAACGAUCAGAUAUUAUUUAAGACUCCAUUUCAAUAUUUAUGUAAAUAAUUCUAAAAAUAAAAUACCGUCUGCAGGGGCAAUUUGACCACAUAAUUAUUUUAAAUGCAUGAGCCCUUUUUUGUACAUCGUGUUAAAAAAAAAGAGGAAAAAAAGUUUUUCCUUAAAGUUUUUUUGUAAAGAGAGAAAAAAAGUUUGCGCCUACGCAAACUGUACGUGAUGACGUCACCCCCAUGCUCGCUCUCUGCCUGUUGUGGCGUCUCUUCCUCCGCACCCGUCCCUCCGUGCUGCCGCUGGAGUUAGCUUAGGAGCUGGAGGAACGCUACUUAGUCGUGACAACCCGUUCACCAAAACUUUUAACAGUUCCGGUUGUGUCUGACGGCCAGAGGGAACGUUUAAUUUUCGUUUUCGAUGCAUGGGAGUGCCCUGGGAGCGGCGACGGGAGAAGGUAGGUCUUGGUUCUGCCGCCGCUGCCGCCUCCUCCUCUGCUGUCCGAUGGUCCGUCAGAGCUUUCAGUUCAGCCCCGGCCCGACUACCGCAGUGCUGCCGUCAGAAGUAAAAAAAGACUACUAAUGUAGGUCCGGGUAACUUUGUAAUCCAUCAAAGGCGUCCUGAAUUCAAUCUUCGUGUAUAUCACCGUGAAUUAGAUUGUGUAAACCGAUGAUUUCCAAAUGUUAUAAGUGAGUGCCAGUGGUGCUGCGGCCGCGGUGAGUGUGUGUGUGUGUGUCAUACACUGGUGACUUCAUACCUCUGAGUGUGUGCAUGAGUAUAUUUCAGAGUGGGCACACUGCGUAUGGAAAUGCUCAGCCCCCGUCUUACUCCUACGUUAUAACACAUGACUGUGUUUCAGUCUGUAUACCGUAUUACCUAUUAGCACGGAUGUCAUCACAGCCAAAUGAAUGUCAUUUUAGUGGGCCGAGUGAGCUCAUUUCUUAAAGCCAUCACCGUGGUUACGACGAAAACAGGUGGAGAUGUGAUGAAAGCUAAUGCUAUUGCUACAUUUCACAUCCAUCAGGUUUAUUUUACGUGGUAUGUCAGAGGCAAGUUUGGGCUUGUCAUCACAUUAGACACCGUGUGUAUUCAGGAUCAGCCGUGUCAUGUCUUCAGUCUGGAGUCUUGUCAAAAUAUAAACAGGUUGGCCAAGGCAGUUGAAGCUAACAGCAUCAUAAACUGUACGGUAACCACAAGCAUGCUAUGAGUGUGUGUAUGUGUGUCAAGACUACUAACACAUGUGACUGACAUCUUAUUCCAUAAACACAUCAAUAGCAUCCAUCCUCUUCAGGACACUGGGGUCUCUGUCUCAGUCAGUACACAUCUCUAGUGCAGCAGCGGCAGCCUACAUGUUCUCUCGCCCCUGUGUGUUUUGUAACUCUGCCACAUGAGGAUGAGAUGCUGAGUCUCCAGGCCAUGCUAAUCUGAUAUCAUAGCCAGCUCACUGACUGCCAUCCAGCUGCCAACCUAGAGCCAAGGCCACAUCAGACCUGAAGGCUGGUUUGGCCUGGGCUGGACUGGACUGGAUGGUAGUCAUAAUGAGUUUUAAAGAUUGUUUUGUUUGCGGCAAGGUCUCUUCUGUUACCCGGUCCUUGACUAAAGGGAUUUUGAAAUUACACAAAUAAAUCAUAUUCCUUUACAAAGUGGAUUUUAAGGGACUAGGAUGCCAGAAUGUUAUAUUUUCUUCUUAUAGUUCAUAAAAAUGGGUGAACAGAUAAUCAGUGGAGUGCAAUAAAUUAUGCACAGUAUAUGUGAUCAAUGUGUAAAUGCUUGAAACAUACAGUUUAGCCUUGCAAAUUGAUUGUAUAAAAAGAGUGAAUUCAACCGUAAUAAGUAAAAAUAAUAAUACACAAUCACAAUCCUUAAUAACUAUCUCCAGGAAUUAAAGUAAUCUUACCAAGUGAAGGAUAUAAAUGUACAGCUUUAACUCAAUGACAAAAUUAAAUUUCUUCUUGUUUUAUUGAGUCGUUCCAUCAAGUUGAAUAUAUGUAAAAUUGGAUCUGCAUUUUUUUCAAAAGCAAAGGAAAAAACUAAAUUUCCAUUACUUAAUUACUUUUUUCUCUGACAAAAACAAUAAAAGGUUUGUUUUUUUACAUUGAGAUAUGGUUGUUAUCUUUGAAAUUCUGUAUAUUAAUAUUAGGACAGUUUAGGUAAAGUUAUUGUUGUCUCUUUGUACUUCUCAUAAACUCUAAAUAAACUCACCCCUACCUUCCUUGCAACUCCUGUUUACUCCCUGUUGCAACUAUGGCAGGGACUUAAUACAGAGUUGGGGAUACAUGAACAACCUUGUGUGAUUGAAUCAUCGAUAUACUGGGGAUAAAUACGGAUAUUUUAACUCAAAUAAGGUGCACUAAAAAAUACUCCCCAUUGAUUUGGCCCAUUACUUCAUGACUCAUUGCAGUGAUUUGCGAUGACAUGAACAGCAGUUAAUUGACCAGAAGAAGGAGUUGACAGCUCCAUAACACCAGAAGACUGGACUGUCAGAAUGUCUGAGGCUUACACUGAUGUUCAUAUGUCAGAAGUUUAACUGAGGGCGACAGAGGAGAUGAGGCCGAUGAUGAAAAAGACAUAGCUGGAGUUAUUGUCAUCACCACUGUAGCUGUUUCAUAGCCAUAGUCAUAUAAACAGAAAAACAAGUGAAGGUUAUGGAAACAGGUUUACAGACACAUUUCUAAAUGUGCAUUUUUUACGCCUACAUACGGAUAUUAUAAUAUUCAGUUUUGUGAGCCAAAUUUAUUUUAUAUGCCAACAUCUAUGAAAGAAAGAGCCAGGCCAUGGCGCACGAUGCGUCAUUUACGCACAGAUGGUUCCGAUUUUAAUGCCAUUUUUGGAGUUUAUGUUGUGAUCUGUGCACUUAACCCACCUUUGUCACCUAAUGUUUGAAUAUAUGCAACUUUAUGUGAGUGUCUUUAUUUGUGGAAAAAGGUGUUUGUCUUACCAGUGGGUCCAACAUUACACACACCAAAUCCAUCUGUGCUCAUAUGAGAGAGUGUGGAGGACGCCCAAUGCAGCGUUUACAGUGACACUUGUUGCGGAGCUGCUUUAUGUCGCCAUCUUGUGGCAUUACUGUCUUCAGACAUCUCUUGAUCUCUUUGACUACUUCACGAAAAUGGUAAUACGCCUCGCCGGUGGCGGAUUUAAAGGCAAGGAGAGGAGUUUAUGUGAUUGGUGAAAACAGGUCUCGGCUGUGUUAAACCCACUCCAUGCCCUUUCUCCUCCCUCGCUAUGACUUACGCCGCUGGGAGGAGCUGAGUUAGGGAGGGGGAGGUGAGUUACGCUGGGCUGCGCCGCUCACCAAAAUACCAAAUUGUGCUUGGGAACGCCUUGUCGGCGCGGCGGACCUGACUUAAGCCACGCCUGCGGCACGUCUCCGGCGAGGCACAAAAAUAGAGCCCUUUGAGUUUGUAUAAAGCCAACAUUGUCUGUUUGUUGGAUUUCUCAUUAGGAACAGUCAAGGCCUCAUCACAGUGUUUUCAGUUUGUCAUCAACUUAAGAAAGCAUAGCUUGCAUGUCGAAAUCAGAUACUUACCUAAAAAGAUCACUGUCAGUGUCUCAUAGUCUUUUAGCAGGGCUGUCUUUGUUAAGGCCACAAGGAUGAUGGAGUAAACCAGAAAAGGUCAAAGGAGUGGGGGAAUGUCAGGAGUGUAAAGUAGUGACAAAGGAAUACAACGCAGAGGAAAAUGGAAAGAGCGAGGGAAGCAGGGAGGAAGUAAAGGUCUUUGUAGCCCUCCCUUUGGGUGUUGUGAAAGAGCCAGCUGGACUUACAUGUGAGAGAGGGAGAGAAUCAGCCGGGGAGGCAGAGGAGGAAAGUAGAUAAAGAUGGGAAGGCUUCAUUUUUCUUCUGAGUAAUAUUGCAGGGACAGACCAACACCUACUACAUCCGGAGCUUGUGCAUUUAAUGCAACACAGAGAAGAGAAAGAGAGAGGAUUUGCUCAGGGGAGAUUAAUAAACUCCUGCUUGUAAAAGACAAAGCAAUUUAACACACUGCAGAUUGAUUAUAAAAAAUAAAACUGAAGAGUUAAGCAGAGACUUUAGGGGAUUAGAAAACAUAAACAAAUGAAGUCAUCCCUAAACAUGUUUGGAUAGAUCAGCGAGAUACAAUAAAUGACAAAAGAAACACAGCUAUUUUAAUGGAAAAUUAACUGUAUGAAAGACCUGUUAGAAGAAUGCUUAUUGAAUAUGUGUGUGUGUUUGAAGGGUUUAUGCAGAUGUAAACACUUUUUUAAUUUAUUUUAAGCAGAACAGUGUCCCGGGCCCCUUUAAUUGUUGUUUAGCAAUGGCUGCAGCGAUAUGCUAAUACUGUCCAGUGACUUCCUCACUUCUGAAAAUGGAGAAGAUAACGGGAGAAGCACAUUUGUUACUGCAGUGCUCACAAUUUGUCAAAUACUGCUAAUAGGGGUGUCCCGAUCCAAUGUUGAUAUCGGAUAUCGAUCCGAUAGCAACAAAAAAACGAAUAUCGUAUCUUAUCAGCCUGCAUCUAAAAUCUCCAAUAUAAGCACUCCAAUGCAAGCAGUCCACUCCAGCACCUCUAUCUAACAAGCCUGGAUCUAGCAUGCAGAGCCUACUUAAUCAUAACAACAGUGUGUACUGAGGUACUAACCAAGCAGCAAGGAGUAUGAGUGAUGUCGGCCAUGUGGCAGUAAUUUUUGUUUAAGUCCGAAAAAGACGUUGCAGCUGAGUGCAAAAUUUGUCAUGCACAAGUUUGAGCUAAUAUCUGAUCAAUAUUGGUGUUGGCCGAUACUAAACGCUACAAUAUCAGUAUCGUAUCGGAAGUAAAAGAGUUUUAUCAGGACACCCCUGGCUGCUAGUACUACAACUUAUGAGAACAAUGAUUGUACCCAGUCUCUGAAGUCUUGUUCUGUCAUGAUAUUUUCAAGCAGAGUAGAUGUCUAUGUAUAGAUAUGUAUUUACAGUUUUCUGUGUCUGACAUCUUUUUACGAAAGAAAGGUCAGAAACCACGGUCAUGAUUUUUUCCCCUUUGGACUUGUCAUUUCAAACUGCAAGAAGUAAUCAUCAGAUUGGUCAUCUGACAGCUGGUCCUCAACCUGCAGUUGUAGCUCACCGCUCACCCACUUAAGGUCUUUGUGAUGCUGUCACAGACUCAAGGCUGAAACUAAGCAUCUUUACAAUUCAUGCAGCUGGAGGUUUUUAUCUUGUCUCCAUUUGGUCAUAAUGUCUGCCCCCCGUCACUGUGUUUUUCUCCUCAGCACGAUGUUUCUCCGACCAUGAAAUCCAGAGAGUGCUGGCAUGCUUGUCGCCUGUCAAACAGAAAAGGCCAAAAGAUAUCAGACUCCAUUUAACCUGUGGCUGUUUUCUGAAGGAAUGACAAACAGCCAUGACUGCUUCCUGUUGCACAGCUACAUAAUUGUGUGUCCUCGCCCACACACGUGCACACCCUGGCCAAGAAAAAUUCUCCUCUUCCCCUUCCUGCCCGAGGAAUCAAUGAUAACAGACAUAUUCCUUUAUCAAAACACAAACACAUCAUGUCUUAGCAUCUAUUUGCAUGUACCAGUUAGCAUAUGAUCAUACUGGUGCCUGUAAACACACUUGACGUAAAGCUGGACACAGAUCAAACUGUAAUGAACAUGAUUUGGCCCAAUGCUUGCCUGCCUGCAUCAGUGUGUUUGUGAUGUAUGAUGUGUUUAGUGAGCAUGAGUGUGUCAGCAUGAGUUAGAGAUGGCACUGAGAGCCUGAGGAACUCCAAGCUGCCAUCUGCCUCUGUUCUGCACCACACAUACUCGCACAUACACACACCAAAAUGUUUACUGCCUCAACUGCACCUCAAAAACACUUCCACCUCUGAUGAGCAAACUGGGUAGGAAGCGAUUGGUGGCCGAUAAAACUAGGAUGAAAAUGAUGGAAGUGAUGCCAAGCACUAAGAAAACAUAUAAUAGCGUCAUCACUCUGUCUUUGGUUUAUUAUGGCGCUGUAACUUGUUUACUCUUCUGCAUGACCUUAAAGAAAAAAGAGAUUAUGUGCCCCAAUCGAAGUUCGUCAUAAUGUAUCAGUCUGUUAUUCUUUGUCUUUUUUCCCCCCUUCCUUCCUGCAGACAGUGCUGGUGGUCCUGACUGUUCAGCAGGAUGAGUGAGGCAGAGAGGCAGUUCUACAGCGUUCAGGUGGGAGACUCCACCUUCACAGUCCUCAAGCGCUACCAGCAGCUGCGCGCCAUUGGCUCUGGGGCCCAGGGCAUCGUGUGGUAGGACACUGAUUUCUUUUUAAAGCCUAUUACUCUGUUUCACCUUCACAGAGUUGAUAUUCAGAGCUCCUCCGUUAUAUGGAUGUAAGUUGUGUCUGGGUCAAAAUAAACUUACAUAGAAGCCAGGUUGCUGUGAACCUCUUCAAACCAAAUUUUCCUUCAUUCUUCUUUGUGUAACUUGACAUAUUAGGAAAAAAAUGAAGAAAUGGAAACCUGGAAAAGCUGCAUGACAUUAGAAAAAACUUGUAUCAUGAGGUUUUUUUUCUUUCUGUGACAUUAAUUGGGGGAAAAAAAAGAAUAAAUAAAAUAAACUGUUGUUUCUUUUAUAAUUUUGUUCUAAAGUCUGUUUUUACUUGCAAAACAGAACUUAUAACUCUUUUUAAUCACGCUUGAUUUUUACCAGAAAAUCAGACACUACACUGGCAUCAUAUGGAAACAAUAACAUGAAAUGUUUGACAUUAUUUAAUGUUGUGAUAUUAAUCAAUGGUAUGGUAAAUAAAGAAAUACUAAAGUGUUAUUAUUAGUAAAAGUAGCCCAUAGUUUCUGUGGUCUAUCUGCUGGUUUUCAUGUUUUAUACUUUUCCAGUUUGUAACAUGUUUCUUCUAAAUUUAAGAUACAUCCAAAGAGGUUUUUUUUUCUUUAAAUUAACACAGUUGAUGUCAGAUAACAGCUUUGCUCUGCAGAAACCAUGUGUGAACUUGAUAUCCUCUAUCUCUGUUUCCCUUUCUGUACAAUGUUUGACCAGCUCUGCUCUAGAUACAGUCCUCGGUAUACCCGUGGCAGUGAAGAAGCUCUGUCGGCCCUUCCAGAACCAGACCCAUGCUAAGCGUGCCUACAGGGAGCUGGUGCUGCUCAAAUGUGUCAAUCACAAAAAUGUAAGACUUAGAGAUAUUUAUCAUUUCUAAAGUAUUUUCUAACUAAACACAAAUCUCCUGCACCAUUAUGUACAGUAACAAGUUUUGUCUGAUCAUACCUGCUUCCUAGAGCUCCUAGUAUGACACAUUUCCUGUCUGUUAUGAGGGAAUAUCUCCAUGGUUAUGCAAUGUGCAAAAGUAUGUUUUUGAGUUGAUGUGUUGUUCAUGUGAGACUUAACUGUUCUUAGUUACACAAUUAGGUGGAUUUUGACAAAGUAACAGUGGUUUUAUGGGUGUCCUGAUCAGCUUUUUUGCCCCUCUCCCUCAAAAAUCUACCGAUAUCAAGUCCCAAUCUGAUGCUUGUAUUUGCCAAGAUGAUAGAGCUGCACACAUUUUUUGUUUUAUGUUUUUACAAAUUGAGUAAUGUAAUCCAAAUAACUAAGUUCAGCUAGCAUUGUUGUAAAACUCGCUUAUAAUCUGCUCAGCUUUCUAAGGCUCGUGAAACUGCAGUACUGCAUGCUUAAAGUGAAAAGCAGAGGAAUCAAUCCAGGGUGCAGUGAGGCUCAAAACUGACACAGAACUAACAUCAGAGCGCCAAAGCACUGCUGUGAAACUAACAGCAGUCACAUCAUGUUUUAAAUGACCCGUGUCUCGUCAUGAACUUUGCUGCACAGCUUCAGUAAAGCGGUGUCUGAAAUGUGUUUUACAGCAGGACACACGGUGGAUCGAAAAGAUAGCAAAAACCUGCUUUCUCUUCCACAGAGAAGGGUUAAUCAGCCAGAGCGAUGAAUUCAGCCAUCUUCUCUGUAAUCCUUUCAGCCUUUUGGCUCUCUCAAGGAUAUUUACACUUUCCUCUCAAGUCCAGAGUUGUUUUUGUGCAGCAGCCUCCCCUCUGGUCUUUAAGUGAAGUCCUUGUUAUAUUUAGUUAAAACACGGCAUAUUAAAUUGGUAGUAUUGAACGCAGCUUUACUACCAGUGCCUUGCCAAAUGACAGUAUUGCAUACAUUGCUAAGUGGCUAAUAGACUGUUUUAACUUUCUAGUUUAAAAUAUAGCUACACUCCGGGCUUGCUCACACCAGCUUAGCAGACUGUCCUAUAUUAUUUUCCAUAGUCUGCUGAAACGUGGUCGUUGUUAAAAUCUAGCUGGCUGGGCGUGUGUGUGUGUUCCUGUACUAACACUUAAGCCAUGGCUGGAGUUCCACAUGAUAUCUGGUUUAUUAUUUUCUUAUCAUUUAUACAUAUUGAAGUCAGGCACAUCCAGAAUACUUGAUUUUACAAAGUUACUCACAUGUUUGUGCUCUCCUUAGAUUGUGCCAAAUGUUAGUCGACAUAAAUUAUCAGAGUAAGAUGAAAUCCCUGAGAUUUAGAUCAGGACAUCCCCAGUGCUUUCAAUUUCAAGUUCACCCUUUGUGUUCUGUACAAAUCCAUCUAUAACAUAAACGUGGAGAUUUAGAACUGAAAUUAAUGUAACUUUGGAAGAAAUCCACUUUAUGUUAUUGACUCAGACAUAUGAAGCGUCACGCUGGCCUCAGAAAAAGUUUGGAAAUGUGUUCUUAUUGUAAGAAGAACAGUGGUCAUUGUUCUCCAUUGCUUUAAGCCGGAGGAACUAUCAUACCAACAAUGAAGUAUUACAAUGUACAUCUUAAGCUCCCUUUUCUUACACCCUAGAACAAAUGCUCAAUGUUAAACCUAAAUAAAGCAGGGUAUAUUCAUACAGGGAAGUGGGUUAUCCUUCUUUAUAACAAAUAUUACCUGCUGUGAGCCAAAUUCAAAUGUUGUGAGUAUUUUUCUACUUGAGUCCUAUAUGAAAAAUGAAAUUGAGGUAAAGAGUUCAGUAUUGAAAUGUGAAAUCUGAAGACAUAGAGAGGGCGAGCUUGCUUGAACAUGGAUGCAAAUCCUGCAGAGAGUGAGCGUAUCAUGACAAAUCUACUGAGCUCUCUGUCCUCAGCUGGUCAGCUCUCCACAGUGAAGUGGAUGUAGAUGGGAGAGUAACAGAGUGGACUAAUGGCCUGUCUCUCUGCCUGCAGAUCAUCCGUCUGAUCAAUGUGUUCACGCCUCAGAAGUCCCUGGAGGAAUUCCAGGAUCUGUGAGUGGCAGAGGGAUGGUUUUUUGGCUUUAACAAUCUACUUAAUUCAGGGAUUUUAGCUGAUGCAUUUUCUUUCUAUUUGUUUCCUUACAUCUUCGACCAUCCAUCAUCUACUUGUCAGCCUUUCUACUGCACUGCACCGCUUUUACAUGCUCCCCUGCUUUAUUUCUACUGUGUGUUCAACAUGAACUUUUUUUCACUCUUCUGAAUUUAUUGUUAGUUUCUCCUUUAGUGAUAUUACUAUUCAUGAUUAUAUGUUUCCCUCCCUUUUUUAAUCUCUACUUCACAUCUUUCUGUUCUUUUUAUUCCUUUAGAUAUUUGGUGAUGGAGUUAAUGGAUGCCAGCCUAUGCCAGGUGAUCCACAUGGACCUGGACCAUGAGAGGAUGUCCUAUCUGCUCUAUCAGAUCCUCUGUGGCAUCAGGCACCUGCACUCUGCAGGCAUCAUUCACAGGGUAACAGGACAAGCAAUACAAGUGAAACACAUAGCUCAGUGAAUCAGUGAGGUUAAAUAUGUUUCCCUUCAGGGGUCAAUAAAGUUUCCUCUAACUUGUUUUAUCUUCUGAUAUUUCUGCACACUGUAAAAAUAUUUUUAAGAGUGAUUCAGUUUCAGACUCAUGAGCAGCGUUUUACUCACUUCUCCUGUGAGAUGCCUUAAGUUUUUUAAAUGUCUGCUGCAGCAGUCAUAAGCCUGUUUAUUUGCACCUGUUACCACACCUAGAAUAAUGUCACAGUUUACCGUUACACCCUUGAGUAAACUUUGCAUCACUGUGGCGAGGAGUCAGACUUUUGAGCUGUCUUUAACCGACUGUUGACUCAUUCGAGGAGGGAUUAGACGCUUUGAAAGCAUUUAUUCUUCUAUUGGAAGUCUUUAUGGAUGGAAUUAUUUCAUUUAUUGUAGAUGUGGGGGUUUAUACCCUUGUGGCCCCUCUCUUUGAUUGCAGUAUCUUCUUUAAUAUAAUUAUUAUGCAGUCUAAUUUGGUCUCAGGUCUGUACCACAUGGGUAAAGGUUUUAUGUCAGUGUUUUAGAGGUUUAUUGAUUUUCUCUCCUCUCAGGAUCUGAAGCCCAGUAAUAUUGUGGUGAAGUCGGACUGCACUCUAAAGAUCUUGGAUUUUGGCUUGGCUAGAACAGCCUGCACUAACUUCAUGAUGACUCCUUAUGUGGUGACCCGAUACUACCGUGCCCCAGAGGUCAUACUGGGCAUGAAGUACAAAGAGAAUGGUAAGAACUUCCAAGUAGACUUCAACCUCUGAAAAGUUGGUAAAGGCUACAGAGCAUAGACAGAUAUCUUCAAUUUAAGAGCUGUUUUCUACCGAAUGCACACUUUCAUUAAAAAAAACUUGAAUUAAGUUAUUUACAAAGAUAUUUUGAUGAUUUUUAAUUUUAACUUUACAUGACACUGAAUACCAGUUUAGGACUAUCCUGUUUGUAAAGGGAGGAGUUUAAAGAGUUCAGAGUUUAACACAGAGUGUCCGGGUUUAUGAUGAGUCAGCUUUGUGAUUAACACGCACUGUCCAAUGCAUCAUCAGAAAUAUCAAUAACUGGACUUUACUGGGGGGUAAUGAGUUAUUACUAGUUGAUCGUUUUUAAUCACACAUCAGUUUAAACUGGACUAAGACAUGUCAGCUAGUGUGUCAAAGAACAAUUGAUGGAAUCAAUAAACGGUGACAUCAUUUUACAGCUUGUCUGGUGGACUAUUGUUUACAAUCCACCGCUGAGUUUGAGUCAGCAAACGAGCAAAUCAGAGCUGAACAGAUGGUGCAGGCUGUUAAAAAUAAUAAAAAACUAAGAAAAAAUAAAAAAGUCCACAGUCAGGAGCCUUUGAUCCACUAUCAGUCAGACUGUGGUUGGUUGGCAUCCAAGCACUACAGGUACUGCAGCCAUACUGAACCACUUAAGAUCAUCAUUGUUCUCUAACCACUCUCAUUUACUAAAAAUGUGCCUGUGGAAACAAGGUAAAAAAGGAAAACCUACAGCAACAAAACUAGCUCAACCAACUCAUCAGGUAACACCUACCUGGACUUUGAAUUUAGCCUUUAGAGCUGUUUGAUGAUGAAUACAGCUGCAGUGACAUUUGAUUUUGGUUUAUUUGUGAUUUUAUUGAAUGUCCUAAACAUGCCACAACUCUGCUGCAGUGGACCUGUGGUCAGUCGGCUGCAUAAUGGCUGAAAUGAUCUCUCACAAAGUCCUCUUUCCUGGAAAGGACUGUAUCCUUCAUCAGUUGUUCUCUCUGAAUGAAGACAGGGGACUCUCGGUGGACAUGGAUGUUGUUGUCUUUAAAUUAAAAUCUCACAGCAGAAAAUAAAAAGCAGUAGUUGUUUGAUUGUGAGACUUAGAUUGUUGAUAACUUCUCUACACUUGCUUCAUUUUAAGCUGGCGCAUAAAACGUCACUCGCAGAAGGGUUACAAACAGAAAGAAGUCAGAGCACCAACACAGGAAAGUCUCUUCGCCCGUUCAAGAGUGUAACCACCCUGUCAGAGCUGUCACAGUGAACAGCGUUACAUGCCUGAAACUUGAAUUUAUGAUUUAUGCGUGGUGCUUGCAGUUUGGACUUAAAGCGGCCUGUAAGAUCGGGAAUGUUAUCAGAGCUUAUUCAGCUUCAGUGAAAGUGAAAUAGAGGGAGGAGAGGAGUUAAUGGCUGUUUGCUUCAUAGGCUCGGCUCAGGGAAAGAGAGAGAGAGAGAGAGAAACUCCAUCCCACUCUGCUGAGCACACACACUCAGGGAAAGUGAGGGAGACAGCAACAGCUGUGUAAACUGAUAAGCAGAAGCAAGGAGAAAGGCCUGGAAGGCUGCGUUCGCCUUCCAAGCCAGAGAGUGAAAGAAAGCCAGCCUGAAGAUGACUGUGAUGAAAGCAGCAGGCCUCAGCCAGAGGAUGGACCAAAAUAACCAGAGCUAGUGUUCUGCAUUUCAAUGUUUGGCAGUCCCUGUGGCUCUUCAUCUGUACAGUGUUUGAGUCAUUUUACUCUGUUUUUGUGUGUGUGUGCAUUGUACUUAGUCAUUGAUGUUGAAUGCUCUUUUUUUAAAAUAUUGUUACUCUGUGUGUGUUUGUCUGUGUGUCCGUGUGUGUUUUUGCCUGUGUAUGCUUUGUUCCCAGUGGACAUCUGGUCAGUGGGGUGUAUCAUGGGAGAGAUGGUAAAGGGCAGCGUCAUCUUCCAGGGCACAGACCGUAUCCUUCAUCGCUCUCACUCACUCACUCACUCACUCACACUGUCAUUCGUUUUUUCACUUCUGUCUUUCACCUUCCAUCAAACCUCCAUCUGACACAGGGUAGUUCAUUCAUUUUAAAAAGUUUCUUUCUUUUAUGUUCAUUAAGUAUAUGACACAUUUGACUGUGAAGACAUUUCUGUGUUGUGUCACAGUUUUUGUGUUACUUCCUCUCAUUAAUUAUAUUCUAUCCAUGGAGUUGUAUUUCAGAUAUCUUAAAUCCCUCAAACCUACAGAGGAUAUAUGACAUUCAAAGGACUUUCCUACAUUUGCAUUUACACAGUUUUUCAGCUUGUAAUUGGUUCGACCAUAUUUUAACCAGCUUCCUGGCACUUAUGAAGCUGUAAAAUGAACUGAGGAUGCUAAUAUUAGUAAUUACUGUAGUUCAAAGAUAACUGCACCGUCAUAGAGCCACCAGAGUGACUGUUUACUGUUAUUUUGACCUGCUCUGAUCUGGACAUUGUAGAUUUUCCAAGAGAUCAAUGUCAUGCCUAUAUUGCCUUAUCCUGUGCUUAUCAAAUUUCCUCUCAUUGGUUUAUGCCCAUAAUGUGGCAGAGUUUUCCCUAACGGUCCUGUUGUCCAGACAUUGACCAGUGGAAUAAGGUGAUUGAGGUUCUGGGCACGCCCAGUCUGGAGUUCAUGAAUCGACUGAUGGAGACUGUGAGGAACUAUGUGAUGAACAAGCCGCAGUAUCCUGGCGUCAGCUUCGCCGAGCUUUUCCCAGACUGGGCCUUUCCCUCUGACUCCGAACACGACAAACUAAAAAGUAAGAAUUAUGUGAAACGAAACACUUUAAUUUCUCUAAACUGUCAAACUUAAGUUUCUUCACAACUUUGCAAGGUUGUAAUUACAAACUUGGGACACUCCUAUAAUGUAUAGAUGACAGUACACCUGAGGUAUUUCCCUGUACUAUGAAAGGGAAACAAUAAUAUGAUCACGCAAUGUCAGAACAAAUGUUAACAUUCCUACAGAUGUUACCAGACACAGAGGAAUAAGAAAUCAGAUGUUAUUAAGACUAUUUAUAAAGUGAUGUCAUAUGCCUUUCACCAUAGCAACACUUCUCUGUUUCCAUAACAGCAAGUCAAGCGCGGGACCUGCUGUCCAAGAUGCUAGUCAUCGAUCCUGAGUGCCGGAUCUCUGUAGAAGAAGCCCUCAAUCACCCAUAUAUUCACGUGUGGUACGACCCUGCAGAGGCUGACGCGGUGAGGACUCACUUCCAGAGGUGGUGCGUUUCAUACAUGCAGCUGCUGCACGGGUCUUUGCUGAAAGUUUCAUGUUUCUCUUUUAUCACAGCCUCCUCCCCAGAUCUCCGAUAAGCAGUUGGAAGAGAGAGAGCACACGAUUGAGCAAUGGAAAGGUAGGAUACACUGCCCUCUAGGGAGAAAUAUCAACAGUGCAGCUUAAUUCUCAACAUUUUAUUGAACAGCGGGAAACUCACCAUAAACCCAAAUAGAGCUGCGUUUCCAUAGUUGUGCAAGGACAUGCGGUGCAAAGCGUUUUAGGAUGAUUUAGUCUUCCUUUUUUAAAUUUCCUGCUGAAAUUUUAUAUGUGAUGAAUCAUAUACAACACACUUGUUGUGUGUUCAGUCUACUCAUCUAAAACAAUCUUGGGAAAGACUGUAACACACUGAUGUCACAUGCUCUACCUGGCUAUGGCAACACAGUUUUUCCACUAACAGUGGAACGGUAACAAAGAAUACAGACUACCUUUGUGUGCAGUGGUGAUACCUAAAAUCAAAUGACUUGUACCAUAUGCAGGUAUGUCUGCCUGCUCACGGUUGCUUCAGUGUUGUAGGGUAUAAAAAAUAAAUUGACACAUCUCCAGGACUUGUGGUAUUUGACUACUGGUUGACAUUUUCCUCAUUUUUGUUCCUACAGAGCUCAUUUAUGAAGAGGUGAUCGACUGGGAGGAGAGGAACAAGAAUGGACUGAUGAAAGAGGAUUGUUCAGGUACAGUAGCUGCACCAUCCUCACUCUUUAUCGAUAUAAACAAGCGCAGGUUUUCUUGAAUGAGAUCUAACUUUACACAACUAGCUUGACCUCGUGCUCUGUUUCCUGGUUUAAUAUCGUUGCUACAUCGACUCAGUUUUUCCUGCUGUGUGCAUUGUGUUUCAGAUGUGGUGUCAGCUUCAGCCUCGCAGUCCUCAUCAGCCAAUGACAUCUCGUCCAUGUCCACGGAGCAAACCUUGGCCUCGGACACAGACAGCAGCAGCAUCGACACACUGACGGGACCGCUGGAUGAGAGUCAGUGAUCACAGCCUUCCAUGUGUCUGCCCGCAUCAGCCCCCACCUCACACUUACAAUGUCCAGUUAUCAGAAAACAAUCGCCUUUCUCUUUGCUGCCUCGUCCUCAUAAUGUCAGAUGACCUUCCCUUUCAUUCUUUUUCCCCCUUUUUUUUCAUUAUUUCACCUUAACCUUUUUGAAUAAGUCUAUUUUUCUAUUUUCUUUCUGUGCGGUGGCUCUCGUCGAUCCUUUCACACCUCACCUUUUUGUUUUGAUGCUGUCCACAUGUUCUCAUCUUAUCUGUCUGUUGGGUCAGAGCGCCUUCUUCUCCAUGUGAAUAUUGUUUUACUUGAUCAAGUAUAUAUGAUGAUGUUUCAUCCAUAUUGAUUUUCAGGUUUUUUUGAUCCUUAUGCCUGUAUGUUAAUAGUUUUAUUUUUUUAGCAAUAUUAAGUUGAAACCAGAGGUUAUUAUAAUCAAACUAGAGCAGACACAGACUGAACAUAGACCACAGCUGCCUGCUGCUCUCAUGCAUGUGACGCCAAUAUGAACAAAAGCUUAUGACAAGUCGAUCACACCAUCUGAUGUCCAUCUGAUCAUCAAACAUAACCCAAAGUUUGAUCGAUCCUUUAGCUAGCUCUAAGUAUUGCAGAUCUCUAAAAUGGUGCUUUCUGCACAGCGUUCUUAAAUUCAUUAGCUUGAGUGAUGUGGAUUUUGACAUUCUCCUCCUGGCAGCUAGGAGGAGCUGUGGUUGCAGUGUUACAGUUUUAUUUCCUGAUAUAAUGUACUGUAUGUAAAGAAGAUGAUCUGACACUCUUAGUGGCUCUUUAAAUACUCGUAAAUAAGAUGUGCUUGUUUUUGUUAAGUAAUGCAACAAACCAGUAGAAACACAUUUCAGUCAUCCCCAUCCGACACAUGGUGUACUUACAACAUCAAAAGAACUUAAGCCUGUAAAUUCGGGAGCCGUAAAAUACUACAUGUUCUAUUUAUUUUUGUGUUCUUGCAAAAUGUUGCACAGAAUCACGUGGAGGCGGAAGUGAAUUCUGCCUCUUUUUAAAGCAUUUCAACAACAUAUCAGUGCAUUGGCUGCUCUUUUUCUAAAUCAUUCCAUUAGUAACAUUUUCAUGAAUCAGACAACAUGUAGAAAAAAAUGUUAAAGCAGUCAAACACAAAUACAUGUGUUUAUCUUGCAUGAAGGCAUUAAAGAUGCCAGUAAGUUACUGUAGUUAUUGUUAUAAAAAGAAAACCGUUCAGGUCAGUUCUUUCACUUACAGUACCUUGAUGUUCUUGUUUCUGAGAUCCUGUUUGGUGCAGACCUUUGUUUCGUUUGGUUUGUUUUUUUUGUUUUCAAGUUUUUCAUUUUUUGCUUUGUAACCCUAUAUGUGUGUGUGUGUGUUAUCAAAAUGUACAUCGCAAAACCCUCUUCUUUUCCUUUGAAUCAUCCGUAAGGACUGCUCAGUUGCAAAGGCAACUUGUAUCAAAGAAGAUGUCCCUUCAAGAAAAAGCAGACAUGUUGUGGUUGAAAAUAAGGAUGAGACUGAGGAAUCCUGAAUGAAAAAUUAGACCUUGGAGCUCAAGAUGGACACAUAAAAGAUGGACCUUGGUUUUGGACUGCCGAGCUGCUUUAUGCAGAACUAAUUGCACAGUGUGAUGGACAUGCAGAAAUACGACACUACCGAGUCACCGAGGACUUGAAGCACCAUGCUGUACACUAUAUUUUCCUUUUUCAAACCAUGACCUUGUACCUGCAGUCAUGCCUUAAAUGACCAGAGGAGUUAACUCCCAAAAUUUUAUCAGAAAAGGACUGACGUUUCUGUGCUCAAGACCUUGUGUGUUUACCAUGUUUAAAAAUGCUUCGAUAUAUUCACUGUCAAAGUCACGUUUUUGUUGAGUUUGUUUCUCCUUUCAUUUUCAGAGAUGUCCUGUGUGAUUGCCAUGACCUCAGUAUAAUCACUUGGCCAACAUCUCUUGCCCUUAAAAAACUAAUAAAGUGGACAUCAGUGAUAACAUUUUUUUUAAUUGAUGUGAAUAUUUCUUAUGUGCUUCAUGACAAAACCUUUUUUCCCAUUAGGAAAGUAAACAUUCUGCGUAUGUGGAGACAAAA